GCUUGAGCCGUGUGUGAUCCGUAUGUAUGCUGCGGUUAUAAACGUCACUUACAAAAUGUUGGGGUAAAAAAGUGCACUUGUUCGAGGAAUUUUUCUCUUCUUCUUUUUUGUGUGUUUUGUGUUAAAUUUCCACCUGUGGCAGGAUUGAAGACACCACCAACUCACUGUAAGGAAUUAAACGAAAGCUGUGGUCGAUCAAUCUCUGCAACUUGGUUUGAAGUCCGAUUGAAGUUUGGGAGAAAGUGGAGCAUUAAUUAAGCAAAACGAGGAUCGACACGCGAGUCCUUUCCCCCAAAGCCAUGAUCACUGGUACCGUGCGCUCCUCACGGUGUGCGUAAGCUGCUGUGGAGAAUCUUCACAUUAUGAGACGCCAUGGCAUGGUGUGACCGAGGGGUUCAGACUUUGCUGGCUAUUGUGGGGGCCUUCGUCGCCUUUAGCCUCAUGACCAUCGCCAUCGGCACCGACUACUGGCUUUAUUCCCGAGCCUAUAUUUGCAAUGCAACUAAUGCCACAACCGACGAAACCCAGAUGCAAACCAAGAAAGUCAAAGGGGACCUGACGCACUCCGGGCUGUGGAGGAUUUGCUGCAUCGAAGGUAUCAACAAAGGAAGCUGUUUUCGGAUCAAUCAUUUUCCAGAGGAUAACGACUACGAUACAGACAGCUCAGAGUACAUCUUACGUAUAGUUCGUGCAUCAAGCCUGUUUCCAAUUCUCAGCACCAUCCUUCUGAUGUUGGGUGGCCUGUGUGUUGGAAUUGGACGCAUCUACAGCAGCAAGAACAACAUCCUGCUCAGUGCAGGCAUCCUGUUUGUAGCUGCAGGCCUGAGCAAUAUCAUUGGCAUCAUCGUCUACAUCUCCAGCAAUGCCGGCGACCCGAGUGACAAGAAAGACGAGGACAAGAAGAACCAGUACAGCUAUGGUUGGUCUUUCUACUUCGGUGCCCUCUCCUUCAUUGUAGCAGAGUCAGUGGGCGUUCUUGCAGUCAACAUUUAUAUUGAGAAAAACAAAGAGACGCGCUCCCGAUCCAAACGUGACUUCAUCAAAACCACCUCAUCCUCUUCGCCGUACUCUCGCAUACCAAGUUACCGCUACAGGCGGAGGCGAUCGCGUUCCAGUUCCAGGUCAAGUGACCCAUCCCGUGAGCCCUCCCCAGUGGGAAUGAAGAUUGGCGGAGGAAUUGGGGGGGGACGAGGGCUGGGGCUGAAUUUGCCAGUAGGCGGUAUAUCCCUUUAUUCCCUGAGCAGGGACCCUUUGAAGGGUGGAAGUGGUACUGCAGGGCCCUACAGCCCAGAGCGGGACUCCAGGUUUUUACAAGUCCACAACUGCUUCCAGAAAGAUGUCAAGGAUGGAGGAAACAGGAGAACCACUCCAGUAUGAGGUCAGCAGUGUAUCCAACAAUAAACUUGAUGGUACACAUUCGAUGUUUACAGUUGAUGAGAAAAGGAUAUUUUCUCCCCAGGACUGUUUUUGGCAGCGGCAGCAAUGAAAGGUCCGAAUUUAGAGUUGCUUUUCUUACAUCCCUCUGUGAUAGAAAAACACCAGUAUUUCAAUGGGUGAGAGAGAAAAAUGACUUUUAAUGAUUGUGGUUGCCACAGUUUUGUAGCAAUAUUUGAAGAGUUUGGUUUUUGAAAAAUAUAAUGCUUAAAAUCUGGAAGGAAUAUUCUGCUCUUACAGAAAGAAAUGUGCCCGUCCUUGUAUUCUGUAAAGGUAGUCAUUUAUGACGUUGCCUUGAACCUUUAGUCAUGUUUUUCUUCUAGGAACUCAGAAAAGGAAUUCCUUUGAUUAAGAUGAAAAUAACCCGCCAAACUUGUUUGCAAAAGUGAUCUAUGUAACCGUUUGUUAUCAGAAUAUAAUCGUAUUGUAUUUGUUUGUACCUUAACACAAAUGGUGCUAACUCAAUCUGUACACCUUUUAUAGUUUUAAGCCUUUCAAAGCCCAUUUGAAUACUUUUAUUGUAUCUUAAUAACCUUUAUCAUGUACAUGAGUCAUGUCAUAAAUAUGUGUUGCCGUGUGUGUGUGUGUGUUCCUGUCUAGCUAUCUUUGUGAGGACCGAAAUCUGCAUUCUACUAUACUUGUGAGAACCAACAGUCACGUGAGGACACACAACCCGGUCCUCACAAGUUUGAAGGCCUUUUUGAGGCUCAAAAUGUGGUUUUAGUGUCAGGGUUACAAUUAGGUUAUGGUUAGGUUUAGGGUAAGGGUUAGGGUUAGGCAUUCAUUUUUAAUGGUUAGGGUAAGGGGCUGGGGAAAGCAUUAUGUCAAUGAAGGUCCUCACUAAGAUUGCUGAACGGGGUUGUGUGUGUGUGUGUGUGUGUGUGUGUGUGUGUGUGUGUGUGUGUGUGUGUGUGUGUGUGUGUGUGUGUGUGUUAUGGAUCUCAAACACGCCUACCACACCAUGGCGUAAUUGUGCUAUGAAUAUGGAUCUCUGUAUAUAUACUGUAUAUUAAAAGUGACAAGGCACAUAUUAAUGUCAGUACAUUCCAGUAUGCUGCGUAAUGUGUCAGUGUUUAUAGGUACAGACUGCCUGUGUAGUUUGUUCUCCAUUCGCUCAGGGACGAUGUACAGAACAAAUGAGUUCCUUACCUAAGCCAGACAGAUUGUUACAGCUGGCGUGUUUAAAGGCAUAGGUUAUAUCAUGCUCUUUGUGUUGCUGUUCUCUAACAGGACUCCUGCUUCUGCCUUUACUUUCUUUGUGUUGGGGAAAGUUUUAUGGGAGGGCUGUCUGGUACAGAGUUUUGAUCAUGCUCCAAAAAAUACACUUGCAGACAUUUGUAAUCUCAUAUUAAAGUAUUUCUGUAUUAUUACUGAUCCAUAUCAAAAUCAGCUG